UGUGGAACUACAGAUGGUAACUUUUCUCUUAUCUCUUGUCUUUAAUCAGCGACGAAAGCAGAUGGAUUUGCCCUUUAUUUCAUGGGAGAAUGUAACAAUAGUGUGUGUUUGUUUAAACCAACGGUGGCUGAGGACGGUCCUCCCACCCUCAUCCCAGCUGGCCCGGUCACAUUUGGGACCACCAUCGCCACACACGUGGCCACAACACGCCAAACUCUGCUAGUAAAGGACAUCACAGGGGACCAGCGUUUCCCAGAAGGCACUGGUCAGGACUUAGACUCAGGGAUUCAUGUUCACUCUGUCCUGUGCCUCCCCAUCGUCACGGCCAUCGGUGACCUCAUAGCUAUCCUGGAGCUGCAUCGGCACUGGGGCAACGAGCCCUUCAAUACCAGCAACCAGGAGGUUGCGACGGCGUGUUUAGCAUGGGCAUCUGUAGCUAUUCACCAAGUACAGGUGUGCAGAGGCCUCGCCAAACAGACGGAGCUCAAUGACUUCCUGCUAGAAGUGUCAAAAACGUACUUUGACAACAUUGUGGCAAUAGAUUCUCUACUUGAACAUAUAAUGAUAUAUGCAAAAAACCUGGUGAAUGCGGACAGAUGUGCACUGUUCCAGGUGGACCACAAUAACAAUGAACUGUACUCAGACCUGUUUGACAUCGGGGAGGAGAACGAGGGCAAACCUGUCUUCAGGAAAACCAAAGAGAUUAGGUUUUCUAUAGAGAAAGGUAUAGCGGGCCAAGUGGCACGGACGGGGGAGGUCCUUAACAUCCCAGACGCCUAUGCAGACCCACGCUUUAAUAGAGAGGUGGACCUCUAUACGGGAUACACCACGCGGAACAUCCUAUGCAUGCCCAUCGUUUCCAGGGGGACCGUAAUAGGGGUCGUACAGAUGGUUAACAAGCUGAGUGGAAGUGCCUUCACCAAAACAGACGAGAACAACUUCAAGAUGUUCGCCGUCUUCUGUGCUCUAGCCUUACACUGUGCCAACAUGUACCACCGGAUCAGGCACUCUGAGUGUAUCUACAGGGUAACCAUGGAGAAGUUGUCCUACCACAGUAUCUGUACUUCAGAGGAGUGGAAGACCCUCACACAGCUGGACCUUCCUACACCCCUAUACAAAGAGAUAGAACUGUUUCAUUUUGACAUUAGUCAGUUUGAGGAGCUGUGGCCGGCUGUCUUUGUAUACAUGGUCCACAACUCAUGUGGAGAGACCAGUUUUGAGCUGGAGAAGUUGUGCAGGUUCACAAUGUCUGUGAGGAAGAAUUAUCGGCGUGUUCCCUACCAUAACUGGAAACAUGCGGUGAACGUGGCUCACUGUAUGUAUGCCAUACUGCAGAAGACCACCGGCAUCUUCACUGAAAUAGAGAAGAAGGGUCUGCUGAUAGCCUGUCUAUGUCAUGAUCUGGACCAUCGAGGAUACAGUAACACCUACCUGCAGAAGUUUGACCAUCCUCUAGCUGCCUUGUACAGCACGUCUACAAUGGAGCAGCACCACUUCUCCCAGACUGUAUCCAUCCUCCAGCUGGAAGGGCACAAUAUUUUCUCCAACCUGACUUCCAUUGAGUACGAGCAAGUUCUAGAGGUCAUCCACAAGGCCAUCAUCGCUACAGACCUGGCGCUCUACUUCGGCAACCGCAAACAGCUAGCUGAACUACUGAGCACUGGAGAUCUGGACCUGGACAACCACCAACACAGGGACCGUGUGAUUGGUCUGAUGAUGACAGCAUGUGACCUGUGUUCCGUUACCAAGCUGUGGCCAAUCACGCGACUCACAGCCAAUGAUAUCUACGCUGAGUUCUGGGCUGAGGGGGAUGAGAUGAAGAAGAUAGGUAUACAGCCCAUCCCUAUGAUGGACAGAGAUAAGAAGGAAGAGGUUCCUCAGGGGCAGGUGGGGUUCUACAAUGCUGUUGCACUCCCAUGUUAUACCACCUUAUCUGAGCUCUUCCCCCCUUCUGGCCCUCUGCUACAAGCCUGCAAGGAGAACCUUGGCCAGUGGGAGAAGAUAGUGAAUGGAGAGGAGGAGGACAGUGGAGUGAGAGGAGUGUGGGCUCCGUCAGAGCCUGUUGACCCCAGGAUAGAGCCUGUUGACCCCAGGGCAGCGCCUGUUGACCCCAGGGCAGAGCCUGUUGACCCCAGGAUAGAGCCUGUUGACCCCAGGGCAGCGCCUGUUGAUCCCAGGGCAGAGCUUGUUGACCCCAGGGUAGAGCCCGUUGACCCCAGGGCAGAGGCUGUUGACCCCAGGUUAGAGCCUGUUGACCCCAAGGUAGAGCCUGUUGACCCCAUUGUAGAGCCUGUUGACCCCAUUGUAGAGCCCAGCAUGGAGGAACCAUCUAACCCUGACUCAGGCCCUGUGAAGGUGGACAACUGACUAGUAGUGAAGCCACUGCUCGCCCUCACUACCACACGCCCUCACUACCACACGCCCUCACUACCACGCAAGUCAAUACGCCCUCACUACCACACGCCCUCACUACUACGCAAGUCAAUACGCCCUCACUACCACACGCCCUCACUACCACACGCCCUCACUACCACACGCCCUCACAAUGUCCCCUGCCAGCAGGUGUGUGUACUUCCUGUCUGGACUUCCUGUGUCAGCGACUCAAUUCCUUCUGCAACAGGAAGGGGUGGGAAACAUGCGUAGGGACGAGGGAAGAUGAUUGGUGGAUUUACUGACAAGGGGAUUAUUUUCAGAAACACACAGUUACCUCAUGGGGUGAGGGAGGAGAGGAGGUAACACAGACGGUGACACCACUCCCGUAGACACGGACGGAGGACCGCAGGGGUGUGUUCAUUAGGCACCAAAUGAAAACAAACGGGCCGAAACAGGGAGAGACUACCUGAGCCGGUCCAAUAAGAAACAGUUGUUUUACGAUUUCCGUUGCAAAAUGUUUGGCACUGAUGAAUACAGCCGAGUGGGGAUUCGGCACCAAUCACCUGAUCCACCAACCAUCUGAUCCACCAAACACCUGAUCCACCAACCACCUGAUCCAUCAGUCACCGGAUCCACCAGUCACCGGAUCCACCAGUCACCGGCUCCACCAACCACCUGAUCCACCAUUCACCUGAUCCACCAACCACCUGAUCCACCAACCACCUGAUCCACCAACCACCUGAUCCAC